CUUUUCCUUCGGUGACUACACCCCGAGAGGAGGAGCAUAGUAAGCGUCAGGAUCCUCAAUUUUUCAACUUAGCAUCUUGGCAGGACAUUUUCCCAAGCAAACCCCCCGUCCGACGGGUAAAAAAAAAAACUUCUGCGCGGGCAUGAGAGCGAGGGUUCAACUCAGAUAAGGAAGCAACAGAAAAACAAAACGAGACAAAACAGCCGACGGACAGUGGCUGGCUGGCCGGCAGCGACCAAAAUAUUCCACCCAACACCUAAGCCUCUCUUUAUUUAAUCACUUUUACUUUUUUUCCCCUUCACCAUUGUCAUUUAGAAGGAGGAGGGGGGCAGGCAGCUGGUCUGCAGACACACGGCUCUAUGCGCUCCGACAGCAGCGCAUGAGAAAAUAAAGGGAGGAAAGUGCGCAAGUUAAGUGGCUUAGACUCUCCGGGCUCCAGCAUGGCGUAUCCUCAGGGCUACUUGUACCAGCCGUCUGCGUCUCUAGCCCUGUAUUCAUGCCCUGCGUACAGCACCAGCAUGAUAUCGGGACCCAGAACCGAGGAACUUGGGAGAUCCUCUUCGGGAUCUGCUUUUGCGCCCUAUGCCGGAUCUACCGCGUUCACCAGCGCCUCGCCAGGCUACAACUCCCACUUGCCAUACAGUGCGGACGCGGCAGCGGCUGCCACAUUCACCUCGUACGUGGUGAGUAAACUAAAGGGUUCUCCCUAUGACCACACCACGGGCAUGGCCGGCUCAAUAGGAUACCACCCUUAUGCAUCACCCUUGGGCACCUACUAUGGUGACCCAGCAUAUCGUAAAAACGCAACCCGGGACGCCACCGCCACCCUGAAGGCCUGGCUCGGCGAGCACCGCAAGAACCCCUACCCGACCAAGGGAGAGAAGAUCAUGCUGGCCAUCAUCACUAAGAUGACCCUCACCCAGGUGUCCACCUGGUUCGCCAACGCCAGGAGGAGGCUAAAGAAGGAGAACAAGAUGACCUGGACCCCUCGGAACCGGAGCGAGGAUGAGGAGGAAGACGAGAAUAUUGAUUUGGAGAAAAACGACGACGACGAGCCAAACAAGCCCACAGACAAGGGAGACUCCACAGACACCGAAGCAGAUCAUAAACUGCUGAACCCAGGGGACAUAGGCUGUGACAGAUUUAAAGAGGAGAACCAUGGCAAAGACCCGGAUCCCCUUCUGAGCGACUCGGAGUUAAAAGACCAGGAGGAGCGGACUACAGAGUUGCUGCCGGAUUCCGCAAAACCAACCACUUCGUCUCCCUCGGCGGUGCCCCGAGGGAACCAGGCCGCUGCGCAGCAAGACAAGCCGUCAGAUUUGAGCCAUGCGCCGGGUACGGUGACCAGCAACGUGACCUCUGUUAUCCACUCGCCCCCUUCGGCCCCGAAACCCAAACUCUGGUCCCUUGCCGAGAUCGCCACGUCCUCAGACAGGUGUAAGGGCAGCGGAGAGGCGCCACAGGCUUGCCCCGGUUUGGGUCAGAGCGCAGCAAUGGGCACCAACGCGUCUCCAUCACGGUCCUCCCCUCAUUGCCCGCUCCCCAACAGCACGGUCCUAUCCAGGCCUCUGUACUACACCUCCCCCUUCUACCCCGGCUACACGAACUAUGGGGGCAGUUUUGGACAUCUUCACAGUAACCACGGCUCGGUAACCACGGGCUCCACGGCACAUUUCAAUGGAUUAAACCAGACUGUGUUAAAUAGAGCAGAGGCUUUGGUAAGGGAGAGCCAGAAAGUCAGAAGCCAAACGCAGAUAGAUCUUUGUAAAGACUCCCCUUAUGAACUAAAGAAAGGUAUGUCAAACAUUUAAUACCUGAUUAUUUUCCACUCAGUGCGGACUUUUAUUUAUUUUCUUUGUGGUUGCAUUAAAAAACGAAAAGAAAAAAGGACAAUGAUGAAGCAAAUUCUGAGAACAUGUUAUUUUCAGAGCAAAUGCUUAUCUUCAAAGAUUUAGUUUCUGAAUGGUUAAUCCUAAAGUGUAAAGAGAAUGGUCUUAAUCGCUGCAGCCGCCUAAGUCUAUUUGUAUUAAAGACUAACAUGUAUAUUUAAUGUAGCAUUUUUGUAUUUAAAAUGGACAACACACUAUCUUUGAAGUAAAUUAUGGAAAGAAAAUAUAUGCUUGUGCAGCGAUUAUUUUUGGUGAGCCAUUGGCUUUGCCUGACAUGUGUCAAAAGUGCUUCAAGGCCAAUUUAUCUACACGAAAUAUGAAUUCAAUUUUGCACCGUGACAGAUGUUUCUAUGGUAAACCAUUUUGGUAGUGAGAGCUCUGACAAACUGAAAGUAAAGGCCUACAUUCAGCAUAAAGAUGUUGGAAUAUCUAAACAAUAAAAGGGUUCAGUUUCAUUUUGGGUCGUGCAAAUAUUCAUAGUUUUUUUUUUUGUGACUGAAAAAUGUUGGAAACAACACAGAAGUACAUUUUGGUCAAUGGCUUAUCACCAUUUAAUUUUUUCUUUGAAUACAACGAGGCCCUCUUUUUACUUGAGCAUGAUUCUAAAAGUGGAUAUUGAUAUAAUAACAACACCGAGGCGCAGUCAUUUAACCCAAUUACCUAUCGUGUUUUAUGCAGAGCAAUCAGGUGGUGAACUCCGGUAAUGAGCUCGAUUUUAUGCCAAAUUUAGAGCUCAUUACUAUUUUCCAAGGCGUGGCAAAGCUGUUAAAAGGGACGCGACCAUGCAUUUAGAACAUACUGGCCUAUUAUAUAUCAUUAAUGGAGAGUCUCUUUAAUGGCGCGUUAGAUGUGACACACUGGUGUUUGGAGGAAAGGGAGAAAGCUGUCAUGCACACAUGCAGAGACAGACCGAUUACACUGUGCAGCCGGUAGCCAGGCGCUGUCCUCUAACUCUUCCAACUUCUGCAGGUAGGUGUCACACUUGCUCCUAAUUUCAGGGGGACUCUUUGUUAAUCCGUCACGGAAACCCAUCCCUGAUCAAAUGGCCUGGUUAAAAGGAAGUGGAGCCAAUGGGGCACACACAAUGAUCACAGUUAUUACGAGGAUUAUAGCAACUUUGACAAGUGGAUAAAAAAAGCACAAAUUACAUACUUGACCGACAUGCAGAACAAAAAAAAACCAGAAGGGUAUUUCCGAGGCAAACUGAAGAAAGAGAGGUGCUUUUUUUUUGUUGCUGAUUUAUUAAUGCUGGAUUUAUACAUUCAACGAAAGAAAAAUAAAACUAAACAACAAUUUACUGUGAUUAUUAUGAGGAUCACUAUUGCUAUUAUCAAAUAUUUUGAGGCAUUCUCAAAAAAGGAAGAGAUUUGGGCCACUAAAAUGUAUAGGCCUAUUUUUCUUUUUUAUUAUUUGACCUGACAUUUCUGACUAACAUUCGUUUAUUCUGUGGUUUUUACAGUGUAAUUCAAACGGCACAGAAUUAUUAUUACCAUUAUCAUUAUUAUUAUUAUUAUUAUUAUUAUUAUUAUUAUUAAUGUUGUUAUUGUUGACCUCCACUGAAGUGGGACAGCAUGCUCUUGUUUAUGGCUGCCAUUAAUCUCCAUAGUUUACUUUCCCCUUCUCCAAUUUGAAAUCUCCCCUGAGGUUUAUAUAAUUCCCUUAGCCUUAAUGUCCUCUACUCGGGCCCUCUAUUUUAAUCUGACAGAGUGUGCUGGAGCAGUGAUUGCGACACAUCAGCCGGCUAAAUAGCAUAAUUAUGUUUUUUCUUUGCUGGUCCCCUGAGGAUUGAACUGUUCGAUGCAAUGUCCCCUCAGAGAGUAUUAAGAGUUUUAUUAGAUAUCGCGUCGAUUUCUCAGAAUUGAUUGAAGAAGUAACAUUUCACAGGGACAAUAUACACACGAUUCCUGCGGUGUAAAUCAUCUGUGUGGGAAUAGGUAAACACUGUGAAUUGUGUCGUGUGUGUGUGUGUGUGUGCGUGUGUGUGUGUGUGUGUGUGUGUGUGUGUGUGUGUGUUUGUGUGUGUGUGGUGGAGGGGGUGUGGGGUUACAACGGUGCAAACCAAACGCAGAGCCGGGUGAUGGAGUCAUUCCGAUUAACUUUCUUAAUUUAAAAAUACACGGGGAAUGUUCGGAGGAUGAUCUACCAAACUAUCCCGAACAGGGAACAGGAAAAGACAUGCCUGACGAUCCUCUCACUAUUGAAACCGCCUUAAAAAUAAAUCAGACCACUUUUUUAUACUGCUUUUAUGCUGUAGAUAUUUUAUUUUUUUUAUACAUAUUAUAGGUUAUCAUAUAUUUGUUUUUCUCCCAAGCAUGUCCACAUUUACCAUUCAGCUCUGUCUCCCCAACUGCUGUUUAUCAAAAUGCACAAGACAUAUAUGCUCCUGAAGAGUCUGCAUUGAGUAUCUGCACUGUAAUUAGCCUAUUUAUUAUUAUUAUUACUAUUAAUAUCAUUAUUAUCAUUAUGUUUAAAGGAAGUAUUUCAAUCAUAUAUUGUAUUUCCAUAGCAUAUAUCGACAGCUUAUCUGAUGUCACUGUAUUUCAGCUCAACAUGGUCACUAUAUAGGACAUAUCGUGUAAAAAAAAAUCUCACUAAUUAAAAUAUAGGAUAUAUAUUUGAUCGUUGAUUAUACUUAUUCUAUUUCUGGGCGUGAUGAAAGCCAGUCAAUUAACCCCAUGAUUACUUGGAGGAGCGGAGCGAGAGGAUGUGCAACCCUUCAUCAGAGGCAUGGUAUAGCCUGCAGGGGAGAUGCUCCCUGCAACUUAAUACAACUUGGUCCCUGGCUUCCCCUGCGCUUGAAUGGCGUGUCGGUUCAUUGUUGGGAUUGCUACAUUGUGAGAAUACUAAGUAGGGGUGAAACCGUUCCCACGUGUGGAAAUGGGGGAAAUAAUCCGACAAGAGAAGAAGCAGAAGAGAAAAGAGGAGGAUAAGGUCUGUACCCUUCACUCCGACUUUGUUACUGUUGAGCGUUCAGACGCACAAUCCGGGGUGUUUGGGAAAAAAUGCUUCUUAUUACUCUCGUCAUAUCAAUUAAACAUUUUUUUUUCUUCUUCUCCAAAACUGGAAAUAAAGGCCAUUGGAUAGGCUACGUGAAUCCUAAAGGCCGCGACUCACGGUUUAUUUAAAUUGAACUAUUAGGCUAAAUACUCAUGCUUACACGCGAACGAGUAAAAUGUACCUUUUUUUGCCAAUCGAAAAAAAUGCAUAAUUAGUAUUUGCAUAUUGCUCUAUCAAUAGAGACACACAGUAAAACUAUCGUAUUCUUUGUCGGAACACCAGCAACAGCUUCUCCGUCGGUUUGUGUUUACUCUAAAAGUAGAUACGACAGUGUUGGUGUCAUCGGGGAGACUUUCAGUGGUGACUGAAAAUAGUGCUAAUAUAAGACUAAUGAAUAACAAGAGUAAACCGUGGUUUCUUGUUUGUUUGAGAAUAAUAAAUCACUUUAUUAUUGUAAUUAUCUUGGCAUCCUGUUGUACAUUCAUCACAGGUAUUAUUGGCGUUGGAUCAACCACUAAAAUAUGUGUUUUCCUAUAAUAGAAGUUUACAAUUCUUCAGGCAUAAAAAAAAAACAUAAGCACUGGCCGAACUAAAGCAUACGUAUUUUAGAGGAGAGCACGUGCCAUUAAAUUGUUUAUAUUAAAUGCCAUUUGCCUGGUGACCCAGUGGGUCCCGGUUUACCCAAAGUGCAAGCCUGAAAUAUGUUUGGCAAGAGAUUCGCUGCAGGGGCAGACUUGUGAAGAAACUUGGAGCUGUGGACCAAACAGAUUAGACACCUGCCACUGGACAGCUCUGUGCACGCCUCUCAAAUGCUACUGUGUCAGACCACAAGGUGAAACCCAAACCUGCUGAUAAACACACUCCCAAUAUCACUGAGGGGAUUACUCUGCGGACCAAUGCGGUGCGUCCGUAUAAACAGCCCGCUGAUAAAGAGCCCGUCUACAUGGCACUCAUACGUAUACGAGUUGGGGUCAAAUUUAGCUCAAAUGUGUAAAAAGACACCAGCUGUACUUGACCCGAACAGGGUGUGUGUGAGAUCAGCAACACGGUUGUGGCCUAAUGCGGUAGAAAUAAAUGGAGGGUGUUUUUUUUUUGUUUUAUUUUAUUUAUUCAGAAACGGGGUUCGCUUAUAUCUGGGACUGAAAUGCAGUUGGCUGUUGAGAUAUUUCUUUCCCCUGGAUUUUCACUUUUCCUCUUCAAAAAUAGCCCUCAACUUCAAAAGGAAACAAAAUAUCACUGUGAUGCUUUACUGGGACCCGCUGUGCAUCUGAUGCAGACUUGUAUUUCUAAAGCAUAUGCAGUAUAUUCUAUAGUGCUGCAAUAAUACCAUUAUAACAAAUUGUAUAUUUGGCUCUGAGUUUUUCAGUCCCUGCAUGAUGUGUCACUAGAAUAUGAGCGAUGAGUUCUUUUUCAUUAAGUUCUAAAUGUAAAGAAGUGAGCGACUCUUCUUUAGUGAGGAGUUCAGGAACUGCUCAUGGCUAUUUAAUCAUCAUCAUUUCCUAAAUGAGAAGGGUAAUUGAGGACACAAUAUCUCAGCUUUAGUCUUCUGGUAAGACUGAACACGAGACUUGAGUUGACAGGAUGUGAGUCGUGUCUGGGCCUAACAACUUGUAAAACAGAUUCAAUUUUACUUUGAAUCAAACAACUGACGACUGAAAUGUGUGCGUCCACCUAUACCUUGUGGAAUCCUGAAAGAAAAAAGAAAAAAAAGUCACGUCAAGGUAACUUGAGUCUCAAGCCUUUGGCACCACCAGCGUUCAUGUUAAGUGGAGUUAUAAAACGGUCUUGAACACCCUUUAAAGCGACCCAGAUAAGGUGACAGAGAGUGAUUUACCACUGUUUUUUUGCACUUCAUGGACUGUUUUUCUAUUUCUCCGUGGAGUUCCUCUGGGAGAGAUUACAUGUGUAAUUUUCAGCUGUGAGAUGGUUUAAGUGUCCCCCCCCCCCAACAUAAAUACAACAUUUCUAUGAAGAAGGGGAAAAAAGGUGGGGGGAAAAAACACUAACGAAGAGUGAUGAACUAUGAAGUCCUAGGAGGCCAGGGGUUGAGGUUGGGAGAAUUGAGGCAUUAGGGUCCAGUGGCAAAUAUAAAUCUAUUUAGGUAUGCUUGGAUUAUCAAAUUGUGUUCAUAAUGCAAAACCAAAAUUAAAAAAACUGAUUAUUUUUUAAAAAGGUCAUAGUUUUAAUUCAAGGAUGGAUACAAUUAUACAAUCAGCCUAAAUUAUCCCAAAAAUGUUUCAAGGACGCAGACAAGUUGUCUAUCUCUAAUGUAGAAAUGACAUAACACAAACAAAUACCCACAGAGCGCUACUCUGCGAGCACCUUGACUCCUUGAGAGGAGCGGCUCAUUGACCAAUCUGCUCUGACAGCAGUGUGGCGUGAGCCUCUGACCCUCUGACUGCAAAGGGUCUGUGUUCAGUGGCCAUGUAAGGGCUCCCCGGCGCUCACACUAAGGCGGUGUGGGGGGGAGGGGGGGGUUCUGCCCUGCUCUGGAGAAGGCGACGUGUGCACACACGGACAGACAUUAAAAACACAUACAUGCGCAGGA